AUGAAGGCCGCUGUUGUUCUGUCUUUCGUUGCCGCCGCCGUUGCUGGCGCUAUUGAGCCCCGGGAGGGUCACUGCGGUGGUGACAACUGCGCUCGCCAGGUCACUGGUACCCGUGAUGGCCUCACUGCCAUUACCUCCCGCAAGAACGACUGCUCCAACUUCAUGAAGACCACCGUGGUCCCUGAAGCUACCACCGUCACCGUCACCAUUACUGUUGACGCUGAUGAGCCCGCUUCCGUGACAAAGCGUGAUAUUGAGUAUCGUGCCGCCACUGAGGCUCCUACUGCCGUCCCUGCCUAUGCUUCCUCUUGCAACAAUCCCGGCAAAUACUCCUCUGCGUGCUCCUGCUGGGGCAUCACCGCUGUUACCGUAACCGCUCCCGUUCCUACCAAGACCGCAACCGUCACUUCUACUGCCGACUCCUGCGAGGACUUGUAA